AUGGACAAGACAGACAAUUUGCCUUGGGUUGAAAAAUACCGUCCUAGUUCUCUUGAUGAAGUGUAUGGACAAUCUGAUAUUGUUGAAACAGUAAGAAAGUUUGUACAUGAGGGUAGACUUCCACAUCUUCUUUUCUAUGGGCCACCGGGUACUGGGAAAACAUCCACAAUCAUAGCCUUAGCCAAGGAAAUAUAUGGACCAAAUUAUAAGAAUAUGGUUUUAGAAUUGAAUGCAUCUGAUGAUAGAGGUAUUGAUGUUGUAAGAAAUCAAAUUAAGAGUUUUGCAUCAACAAUGCAGAUUUUUUCGAAAGGGUUUAAACUUAUUAUUCUAGAUGAAGCAGACGCUAUGACAGCUGUGGCACAAAAUUCUUUGAGAAGAAUUAUUGAAAAAUAUACUAAAAACACUAGGUUUUGUAUUUUAGCAAACUAUGCACACAAGUUAAACCCAGCUUUAUUAUCUAGAUGUACGAGGUUCAGAUUCCACCCAAUUUCAGAACAAGCGAUUCAAGAACGAGUUCAAAAUGUGAUAAUGAAGGAACUGUUGCAAAUUUCACCUACUGCCGAGGAAUCCUUAUUAAGACUAUCUGGUGGUGAUAUGAGAAGAGCAUUGAAUGUCUUACAAGCAUGUAAGGCUGCCUUGGGAGAUGACACCUUGGAAAUAGACCAAGAUAUGAUUUAUGAAUGCAUUGGGGCACCACAUCCACAGGAUAUUGAAUUAGCUCUUGAUUCCAUCUUGAAAGAUGAUUGGACGAAAUCUUUCCUUACCCUAGAUCAAGUGAAAAGAUCUAAAGGUUUGGCUUUGAUUGAUUUAAUAUCUGGAUUUGUAGAGGUAUUGAGCAAUUAUGAUUUGAAGCCAAAAACUCGAAUUGCAAUUCUUUCUGGUUUAUCUGAGAUAGAAUAUGGAAUUUCUAAAGGCGGAAAUGACAAGAUACAUACCAGCGCCAUCAUAGGGGUUAUCAAAGGAGCAUUAGAGAAUGAGAAAUAG